AUGAGUGGUAAAAGUGAUCGAACUUUUAAUAAGGCUAAUGUUAAUAGUAGCGGGAAAUUUUAUAUGGGCGACUCAAAUGGUACAAAAUCGGAGGAUGAUGCACUAACUCAAAUGAGCUAUAAUUUAUUUAUCGGUGAGGUUUCUUCGGACGAAUCUGAUGACAUCGCUGUUUUAGAAGAUAGUAAUGAUUUGCGAUCAUUGCCUUUUAGCCGAAAACUGUCAUGUCAAAAGAAAAUACAAGAAUUAUAUAGUAUGCUUCGUUCAACUGGUGGUAAGCGAAUUUUGAAGAAAAAUGAACUUGGUUAUGAUUUAUUGGAUGUUGAUAAGAUUGAUACACUGAGCGGAUUUCAUCAAAUUGUUCGUUUUACACAAGCUUGUUAUAUCGAUCUAAUUGCAAAAGCCGUAUUAUUUUAUGAUAAAGGACUUAGUCUGAAAGAAGGAGCAAAAAUGAUGAAUACCACAUUUUUUAAUUUUGUCACAUUUCUGCUAGAUUAUGUUUGGAUAGAAGGUAAUGCAAUCACGAAUUUCGACUUGUCAAAAAUUUUAAUGCAUUUUUCGAUUGAUCGUGCUCAUCUUUCUUUGCUUGCAAAACUUAUAAAUACAGAUAAUAAAGUAAAGCUAUCGGACAUCAUCAAAAUUACUCAGUGUGAACUGUUGGAAUUGAUGGUUAUGCUUACAGUAUUGUUAGCUACGAUGUUUGAUUGGCCUGUUGCUCAAAAAAUAAAUAAAUGUUGGAAGGAGAUAGCGAAAGCAGCCAUACCAUCCGAUGACGAAGAAUUUUCCAAUCCUGGGGAUUUUUUUGCCGCUCUUUAUGACAUUCAUUUGUCAUUGAAACGACAAAAAAUCACCAAAAAAUUUGAAGCCAAUAACUAUGAACCCCUAGAUACUGCAAAAGAAAUGAACAUAGUUUUUUUGUCUCAAGUACUUUGUCAGGGAUUACCAGAGAAAUCGUGCACUUCGAAUGCAGCGAUAUCAUCUACUGGAUCAAUGAAAAGGCUAGAAAAUCAUGAAAUUUUAGCGAACCAUUCAUUAAAAAGACCAGAUAUAUAUUUGGAUACUUCUAAAAAAGUUUGUCUAUCAUCAGAUAAAUUGCAAGAGAAGUUGAAGCAAUUAAUUGGCUUAAUUGAUAGCAAGAAAAAUUUUGCGGAAGAAAUAAGUGUAAUCGACUUUAAAGCAAGUAAUUCUUUAAUAGCUGCAUGUAACUUCGUCGAUGUUCCGUCAUCUCUCGAUAAAAUUCAUAUUGGUUCACGUUGUCUAGCUCGUCAGCUGAAUGCAGCAAAUUAUAUUGAUAGUAAAGUUUUAAGUCAAUGUGACAGUUGCCAUUAUGUGGUAAUGUUUUAUGAUGGUAAGGAAGAACAAGUAAAUUUAUCGCAAAUAGCAUUUAAAAUUGAAGGUCGCAUAAGGAAUUGGGAAGGCAUUCGUGUUUGUGCACUCUAUGAACCAAGGCUUCGUGAUGAAAAGUUUCCAAAGGCUUUUUAUUCUGGAACUGUCGGGAUUGGUCCAUAUAGUUGGUGCCCGAAUGAAAUGCUGAUAUUUUUUGACAAUGGAUGUGACGCAUUUGUCAACGAGCACACAGUUCAUAUUUUAGCGGAACAGAUGUAUACAGUUGAUGAAAGCGGACAAAAGGUUAUCGAUCGUUAUUCUAAUUGGAAGUUAGUGCCAAAAGCUCGUCAACUUUUUGUGAAACACUAUUUAAAUAUAUAUCCUGACUGGCAACUUGUCCCAAUGAAGCGUAGAGAAAAUACUCAACGUAUUAAUUUCCUACAAACAUAUCUUGAUCCAUUUUUUGGCCAUUGUCAUUGGCCAUUUGAAACUAAUUCUACUGUGAUCAAAUUUUAUUCUUACGACCUCAAUGGCCUACAUUGGUCGUUCAGCGACAUUCAUAUUUUAAGAGGAGGCAGGCCUUGGUCUGCGUUUGUUUUACGAACUGAAAGGCAAUUCGCUUUACUUCGAUUUCCACAGCGAGGAGUUCCCGGAGCCGAUUGUGUAUACGCAUCAUGUGUACGACACAAACAUAUCGAUGAAUGGAUUUAUCGAGGAUCUGAUCGGCUUGACUCUAUAAGACAAAACAUUGAGAAAUUAGAAAGAAUCUCAAAGCAAGCACAGCUGGGACUUCCUCCUUUAUCUCGCCGUGUAGGCAGGAGUAGCUUUAUCUUGGCUGAUUCAGAUAUGCCUUUGUACUCUAAAAGUCAGUCCACACCAGCUGAAUCGGUCAGUCAUGUUAAUGCAUUGAACCAGGUCUAUCACCAUCGACAAACAGCUAGAAAAAGUAUUGGUAUACCUCGAAAUGCAAUACCUAUGCAUGGUUCAAGUUUAUUCAUCAACCUCAAAUCUUUACAAGAACGCAGAGAAAGCACUUGCAUGAAAAAUUUGGAUAACCAACACAUUCCUGAUUGGUCGUACUUGCUGAAAAAAAGAAUGCCUCAUUCCAGUUGUUCAUCCAAGUGCUUGCAAAAUUUGGAAAAAGAUCCAUAUGGAAAGUCAUCUGUGGAGCAUUCUCCUUAUAUGAAACCACUUUUGUUAGGAUGGUCGCGUCAGGUUGUUCAUUUAACUGAGAAAAUUAAAUGUCGUUAUUCCAAUAAAUUUGAGAAUUCAGUUAUAGUUUAUCAAUCACCAUGUGGUAUUCGUAUAUAUAAUUUACAUGGUAUUGCAUCGUAUUUAAAGGCUACUGGUAGUAAUUUAACUGUUGAUCUUUUCACUUUCGAUAAAAAAGUUCGUCCCAAUAUUUAUUAUCGCUCGAAUGCUAUCCACAAAUUAAUGGAUGAUUUUACCAAUGGGGCUGAAGCAAUUCCUAUUGCAGUUUAUAAUGAAGUUGAUAAGGACCAUCCGCCAGAAACGUUCAAUUACGAAGCAAAAAGAUAUCCAUUCAAUGCACAUACUGAUGUAUCAACAAUAUCUUCUGAUUUUUGCAGUGGAUGUUCUUGCGAAGCAUUUAUAGAUGAUUGUUCCAAUCGUGAUUUUUGUCAGUGCCAAAUUCUAACAAAAACAGAAGCAGAACGCCUAGACAAAAGUCUUCAACCUAAUUUUGUAUAUGCAUUAUAUUGUCUAAAACUAUAUCGUCGUAUAGUAUUAAAGAGUGGCGAAGAAUCAUUUCUUUCUGGAAUUUAUGAAUGUAAUGAUAAAUGCAGCUGUAAUAAAAGUCGAUGUCUUAACAGAGUUGUCCAACAACCGAUAAAAAUUCCUAUGGAGCUAUUUAAAACGGUCAAAACUGGUUGGGGAAUUCGUUCUCUUGUCGAUAUUCCAGCCGGCGUUUUUUUAUGUACCUAUGCUGGCGCUAUUUUAACAGAUAACCAAGCUGAAGAACAAGGAAAAAAUUCAGGUGAUGAAUAUUUUGCGGAUAUUAAUCUUGUAGAAAAUGUUGAAAAUGAAAAAAGGAAUGCUGGUGUGGAUUUCAAUGAUGCUAAUGAUGGGUAUUAUUCAGAUGAAGAUUUUAAAGCAGAUGAAAAUUCCUCUUUUCUUGAAAUUAUUAUUGAUGGUAGCGAAGUGGAAGAAAAUUAUGAUAGUGGUCAAGAAUCUUCGGAUUUAUCCGACAAUAGCGAUUUCGAAACUAAAGAAGAAAAUAAAAAAUUUGAUCUGGCAGUCGAAAUCAAAAAAAAAAAUGAUGCUCAAGGUAAAUCAGAUUUGGAUUAUGCAAAAACUUCACUAAUAAUGACGGCACAAGAACAAAGCGAGAUCCCAUCUAGUACUUUGAAAGAAAAAUUAACGAUUGAUGAAGCACAUUUAUUAGGAAAUGGUAAUUUUAUUAAUGUAUAA